AUGCAAUUCGAUGUCGUGUUCCAGUACGUGCCGGGGAAGCAGUUGGUCUUGUCCGACACCCUAUCCAGGAUACAAGGCGCAGCAUCUCACAGCCCUGACCCCGACCAAGAUGAUGUUACCGUCCACGCUGCCCACGUUCUCUCCGUCCUUGUGAGUGACAACAUGAAAGCCCGCCUUGCUGCGGCAACAUACGAAGAUGCUGAGCUAAGGCAUGUCAUGGAGUCUUUACAACAGCAGAGACCUGUCAAUGGAGAGCUGGCUGCAUUUUCCUCUGAGUUGACAUGCAUAGAUGGAAUUCUUCUGCGGGGCAGUACAGUGGUGAUACCCAGAAGUCUGCGUCAAGAGAUGCUGCAGCGCCUGCAUGAGGGCCACUUGGGAGUUAACAAGUGCAAGGCCCGCGCCAGAUUGUUGAUGUUCUGGCGAGGAAUGAAUGCGGACAUAGCGGCACUGGUUAGCCGUUGCGAAAAGUGUCGUCAGUUUGCGUACCGCCAACCAGCAGAGCCGCUGAUACUGAGGGAAGUCCCAGAGCAACCAUGGCAGCGCAUUGGCGUAGACCUUUGCGAGUACGGUGGCCGGAGCUAUCUGGUAGCUUACUGCGCUUACUCAAACUAUCCCGAAGUAGAGUACUUAUCUCAGACAACCAGCAAGGCGGUAAUAUCAAAACUUUCAAUGAUGUUUGCCCGCCAUGGAAUACCGCUCGAAGUGUGUACAGAUGGAGGUGCUCAAUUUACCUGUCGAGAGUUCAGGGCGUUCAGAGACAAGUGUGAUUUUCUCCACACUACAUCCAGCCCGCGAUUUCCCAGGUCCAACGGCUUAGCUGAAAAGGGAGUCCAAGUUGUGAAACGACUGUUGAAGAAAAGUGAGGGUGUAGAAGAUGAUUUCUGGGUGGGACUGCUGAAUUACCGGACAUCCCCGCUAGAGGAUGGGCGAACACCCAGCGAGCUGCUCAUGGGAAGACGGCUUCGUGGAAGGCUGCCGGACUUUGCAGUGCCUAGCGCGAGUCCAGUACACAAGCCCCCUCAGAACUUAACACAGGGUCGACCUCUCCCGAUACUACAUGAAGGAGAUAUUGUGAGGAUACGCCAGGACGGGUGUUGGGGUCCUAAGGCUCAAGUGCAGUGCUCAGUGGCUCCAAGGUCCUACACUGUUCGCACGGAAGGGGGCCAACAGUUUAGAAGAAAUCGGCAGCAUCUUCUAAAGACGGACGAGCCCUUCGAGCCAGAGGCUGUCCUGGAUGAGGACUUCGCGCCAAAUGGAGGGCCUCCGGAGGUUACCCCAUGCCCAACAAUGCCACAAACACCAGAGUGCCCCCAAUCUGCAGCGACAUCCCAGGAGCCAACUGUCGAUGAGCCCAAUCCUACCUCUGCAGUGUCGUCAAGUCCCAGUCCAACGACACCACCUUUACGACGUUCUACUCGAGUGCGGAGGCCUCCAGGCUACCUACGGGACUACGAGACCCUUCCCUUCUCCAGAGAAGGGAAGAUGUACCGGUAG